AUGGUUUUCAUCCAAAAAGCCUUCCUUUUUCUAUUAUUUGUAGGGUGUGCGCUUAUCAGCUCCAUUAAUUCGCAGCAAACCUACAGUUUCCCAGUGAAUCUAAACUAUUGUCAAGAUCAAUCCAACGAAACCACCAAGGCCUCUUUCGAAUCAAACCGCACGGUCCUGUUGAGUUCUUUAUCCUCUAAAGCUUCCGAAAACAACAGCUUCUACAACGAUACCUCUAAUGGCGUCUACGGCCUCUUCCUCUGCCGAGGUGAUGCUAGCAUUGGUACCUGCCAACGCUGUGUCAUCUACGCGGUUGAAUAUAUCAAACUUCUGUGUCCAUCUUCUAAAACUGUCAUCAUCUGGUUCGAUGAUUGCAUGUUAAGGUACUCCGAUACUAAUUUCUUUGGAGUGCAACAGAUAUUUCCAGGGGCGUUCAUGUGGAAUAUCAAGAAUACCACUUCACCUGGAACUAAUUUUGGAGCAAUAGCUCUAAUGAAUGAACUAAUAGCAGAUGCUUUAGGAACAGAGACGUUGUACAAGACAGGUAAACGGCCUGUGGGUGAUGGGUCUGAGUGGUAUUCCCAUUCACUGCUUGGAACCUUCAUGAAAUACUUGAUCCGAUCCAUCAUCUCUACUGGGUCUGGCUUCCCGUUUGAGACGUUGCCGUCUUUGGUGAUCGCAGACGACAUGAAUGACGAGUUUGAUGACACGCUGUCCUUUGUGAAAUCCAGCUCGGUAGUCUUCGGGUUCGAGGCGAAAACACUAGGUUCCGAGAAGACGGGGGUCAAACUCUGUGGCUGUGCGCUUAUGAGCUCCAUUAAUUCCAAGCCAACCUACAAUUACCACUUUUGUGAAGAUCAAUCUAACAAUUCCUCCGACGCUUCUUUCGAAUCAAACCUCACAGACCUGUUGGGUUCUUUACCCUCUAAAGCUUGCCAAAACAUCAGCUUCUACAACGAUACCUCUAAUGGCAUCUACGGCCUCUUCCUCUGUCGAGGUGAUGUUAACAGUAGUACCUGCCAAAGUUGUGUCAGCUAUGCGGCUCAAGAUAUCACAAGUCGGUGUCCAUCAAAUACAACUGCCAUCAUCUGGUUCGAUGAAUGCAUGUUAAGGUACUCCAAUACUGAUUUCUUUGGAGUGGAAGAUUUAUCGCCAAUGGUGUUCAUGUGGAAUGUCGAGAAUCUAACCUCACCACAACAAACUGAUUUUGGAGGACGAGCUCUAAUGAACGGACUAAUAGAUGAUGCUUUAGGAACAGAGAUGUUGUACAUGUACAAGGCAUGUAACUCGUCUGGGCAGGUUAGAUAUGGGAUGGUUCAGUGUACUAGAGAUAUCAAUUCUACUUCAUGCGGCAAUUGUUUCCAACAGUUGAUUACUGAAGCCAAUCGGCGUUGCCAAAAGAAGAUAGGGUGGCGCGUUUUGGCCCCAAGUUGCAAUAUAAGGUAUGAGAACUACCCAUUCAUUCAGCAACCACCUGUGCCGCCACCUGCACCGCCGCUGCCCCAUCCUGUGGCUGCAGCACCACAGCCACUGCCUGAUAAUGGUAAGACUAGUUCAACUUUUCCGGCCUCUGCAUAA